AUGUCUCGGGCGUUGUGCAUCACUCUUCGGGAGGUUUGCCACGUGGAGCUCAGCGUGGAUGAGAAAACACUCCAGCUGAUGCAGGUGGAGAAGAAGAAUUUGCUGCCUUUACUAAAUGUUCCCAGAGAAUUGGAAAAGUUGCUCUUUGGACCACGCAACGAAGGGUCUCCCUCACAUACCGGUUCUCUGUCCGACCCCGUAGGUGGUCUAAAGUCUUCCUCCGAUGACUAUCAAUUAGGGAUGGAGGCGGGGAGCCCCCUCGCACGCCAUCCGGCCCGUAGGGUUGUUUCCCGGGAAAGUCAACCUCAACUGCCCUCAACGAAUCGAAUACGACUACCUGAAAUUAUAAAGAAGAAGAAAACACAGGUGACUGAGGAACUAACGGCCGUCCCUGAGGACUCUUUUCGAGGUGGUCAUUCCAAUUUCUCGCUGAGAAGACAUGACAUCUAUAAAACAGAUGCCGAGUUGCUUUCAAUGGAUGGAGAAAGUGGGGGUGGUCGAAUUCCACAGUCCGGGCAAGUGAAAUUUGUGUUAGCGAUGCCUAAACGGGGUGCCACCGCCCUUCCCGAGGUGAUGGCGAUGAGAAAAGAAACUGCUCAAGCAAAUGCAGAGAAUACACUUAGCCGGAGCGUCGGGAAUUGUACUUUAUCGGACCUGGAAUUUGCCUCUCUGAAGCAUGCGCAGAGUGUUCCCAUCGCAUCGGGUUUAUUAGAUGUGUCGAAUGUUCGACAGCGGUUAUCAGGUAAUAGUGCUGCUGGCUCCAGAUCCCGCAUUGUUCCUCUUUCUUUAGCACGCACUUCCGUGGGUGGCUGUGAUGUUGACCACAGCGUCGAUGGUACAGGAUGCAGAAAUAGUGACUACAUUCAUGAGACAUAG